AGGGAUUUAAAUGAAAAAUGAAAAGAGAGAGAGAAGGAAAACAGGAAGUGUGAAAUGCAAUGUGCGAGUGCGACCGUUUCAAAGCGAGUUUCUCGCAAAUCAGGACCCAAUCUCUAAUCUGUAGAGAGACAAGAAGAGAGGGAAGGAGACGACUAUGGCGAUGAUGCUGCUAGAGAGCAUUGUCGGUGUCCUUAUGCUGCUUUUGAUCAUCCUCCUUAUCUUCCUCGCAUGCAAACCAUGGCGCUUCUUCUUCUCCUCUCGUUCUCGCACUCUCAAGGUAGGUGACUUGGAUAGGCCUCUUGUUUCAGAUGGAGUGGAAAGCAAUGAAUCGGCAAGAAAUUAUGAUCUAGAGGGUGCAUGUAAUCAAAAUAAAGGGCCAUUGCGUUUGUCCCGACCGGUUGGACUUGUUCAUAAACAGAGGCUUCCUUCUGCAUCACCCCAUUUGAUCCAAGGAGAUAGCUUGGUUUUAGAUGUAGUUUCAGAACCUACAGAGGAUGUUUCAGUUGGCCAAACCCUUAAGCGUAUAUUUCCAACAGAGCAACCAGCUGAAGUGCAGACACAGGUUAGACAGGAAAAUCAAAGUUCUCUCUUGGGAUCUAGUCUGGAAAAUGAUGCAUUUCAGGAAUUUGUGCCCAAAGUUAUCACUGACCAAAGAAGCUGCCUUUCUUUGGAGGUCAUUUCUGGUCCAAGUCGUGGGCUCCUUUGUUCUAUUCAGUCAACAAGUUCUUCAAGGCUUCCACUGACCCUUGGAAGGGUUUCUUGUGACUUGUUGUUAAAGGACUCAGAAGUGUCUGGGAAGCAUGCAAUGAUUAACUGGAAUAUAGAUAAGAAAAAAUGGGAGCUGGUAGACAUGGGCAGCCUAAAUGGAACACUUUUGAAUUCACAGCCUAUUAAUCAUCCAGAUUCUGGAAGUAGGCACUGCAGUGACCCAGUUGAGCUGACAAAUGGGGACAUAAUAACACUUGGCAAAACCUCAAAUAUAUAUGUUCAUGUUACAUCUAAAUCUGAGAACAAGACGCCCUUUGGUGUAGGUCUGGCAUCAGAUCCCAUGGCUUUACGUCGAGGUGGAAAGAAGCUUGCAAUGGAGGAUGUAUGCUAUUAUCAAUGGCCCCUUCCUGGCAUUGACAAGUUUGGAGUGUUUGGUAUUUGCGAUGGGCAUGGCGGCGUAGCAGCUGCCAAUUCUGCUAGCAAAAUGCUACCUGAGAAGGUUGCCAGUAUUUUGUCGGAUUCUCUAACGAGGGAGAGGGUUUUAUUACAAUGUGAUGCUUCAGAAGUUCUCAGAGUUGCAUUUUCUCAAACCGAAGCUUCCAUGAAUAAUGAUUAUGAGGGUUGCACUGCAACGGUGCUUCUGGUUUGGGCUGAUGGUGAUGAAAAUUUUUUUGCUCAAUGUGCUAAUCUUGGGGAUUCAGCUUGUGUUAUGAAUGUUGAUGGGAAGCAGAUUAAGAUGACAGAAGACCAUAGAGUAACUAGUUACUCUGAAAAACUUCGAAUCGGUGAAAUAGAACCAUUGAAAGAUGGGGAUACACGUCUUUGUGGCUUGAACCUUGCUCGGAUGCUUGGAGACAAAUUUCUGAAACGGCAGGAUGCCCGAUUUAGUUCAGAACCCUACAUAAGUGAAGCUGUACAUAUUCAUCGAGCAAGUAGCACAUUUGCACUGUUGGCAAGUGAUGGCUUUUGGGAUGUCAUUUGUGUUAGGAAGGCAGUUCAGCUUGUGCUUCAGACGAGGGAGAGAUACUCUACAGAUGGGGAGAAUUCUGCUGAGAAGGUUGCUAAUUUUUUGUUGAGUGAGGCUAGAACACUGAGGACAAAGGAUAACACUUCCAUAAUUUUCUUGGACUUUGACAGCAAAUCUAGAUUAACUUCUUGUAAAGUUGAAUCCUAAUAUAAAUUAUGAGUUUUUAUUUUGUAAUUA